CCUCUUAUCUCUUGAUAAGACAUAUCAUGUGGAGUCACUCUGCACAUGCUCAAUUUGAUGUUUAUUGCCACAGAGGUUUUUUUCUUGGUAGAGUGCAUGUGAUCAGCACAGGGCCAAUCAGCACUGUCCAGAAAGAGGUCAGGGGUUCUGCAUCCUCCUAGAGCAAAAUGAGAACUCCUCCUGCAAAUUUUAACCAGUGCUCUGCUGAAGUCACAAGACUGCUAUAUACUGCUGAUGAGAAAAGGUAUUUGGCAGUUUAUAUUUGCUAAAAUAAUUGCAUUUCCAUUUCUGUGUACUGUGAGAGACCAGAUAUAGUGAAUGCAGGGUCCUGG